AUGUUCUGGAAUCUUCUUUCUGAAAAAUCUACUAAGAAGAUUAUCUUCUCCAAUCUUCUGGAAUGUUCGAUUUCUUCGGGAAUUUUCUGUUAUAUUCUGGAAUAUUCUACACUUGAUUUGCCGAAUGUUCUUGAAGUUUUCAAGGGUAUAAAAUGGGCUUGUUUCAGCAAGAGCACAUUCAAACUAAGAAAUCUUUCCAAGAGAUUCAAAAAAGCAAAAGAUGAUAAAAUCGCCGCAUUUCCUUUUUCUCCCGAAUUCGAGCGUCCGAUCCAGCGCAAAUGCCGUUCUCGUCGCUUCCAGCCCUACUCCAUUUCGCAGGAAAUGAUCACUCCUACAACCUGGUCAGCAAGAGUUGAUCUAGCGUCGCUUCCAACACAGAAAGAAGACCUCAAAAUCACCAAAGACGAGUCAAAGAGAGAGCUACAAAUCUCUGGCUCAUCAAAAACAUCAGAGAUCGUCGAAGGAGUGAAGAUCGAGUCAUCACACAACUGGAAGAGAACCCUUUCUGUGCCAAAAACAGUUGACUUUGAUUCACUCUCCUCCAAAUUCGAUGGAAAAAACCUAUUAUUCACUGCUGAUAGAAAGUUCGGUACUACCGUUCCAAUCAGUUUUGUCGAUAGGGACGAAUAA